AUGGUCGAUGCGCGUCUGUCACCAAGCACCGCGCCGCUGACAUCUGGGAUGGAUGCCGUGUGCCUCUUUGUGAACGAUGACGCCAGCGCGGAGACGGUCGAAAUCCUCGCCGCGAACGGCACCAGGCUGAUAGCAAUGCGGUGUGCGGGCUACGACCGAGUCGACGUGGACGCCUGCCGCCGGCACGGAGUCACAGUUGCUCGAGUCCCUGAAUACAGCCCACACGCCGUGGCAGAGCACGCGCUCGCCUUGCUGAUGGCGGUGAACCGGCACCUUCCCGCGGCGCACAGCCGCACGCGCGAGGGCAAUUUUACCCUAUCUGGACUCGUCGGCGUCGACCUUUAUGGGAAGACGGCCGGGGUGGUUGGCACCGGCAAGAUUGGACGCUGUCUCAUUCGGAUCCUUCGCGGACUGGGGAUGCGUGUGCUGGCGCACGACGUGGCGGAGAGCCCGGAGGCGCGAUCUCUCGGCGCCGACUACGUUGAGCGCGACUACUUGAUUGCCAACAGCGACGUGGGUGGUGCGGCGCUCGACACGUACGAGAAGGAGGACAAGAUCUUUUUCAACGACUUUAGUAGCUCGAGCAUGUCGAAGCGGAUGGAGGCGUGGGACGACGAGUUCAAGCUAUUGAAGUCCUUCCCCAAUGUGCUAAUCACGCCGCAUUCGGCCUUCCUCACGAGGGAGGCGCUCGCCAACAUUGCCAACAGCACGGUCGCAAACGUGCUGAGCUUCGCGGAAGGCAAGCCCUUCCCAGAGAACGCGCUUGUGGUUGGACCCGGCAAAAACUGA